CCGGGGCCGAGCCGGGUCCGCCGCCCCUCAGGCGCGGGGAGUGAGGCCGGGCCGCCGGGGGGGGGCACCGGGCGGGCUGUCCGCGGUGCCGCUCGCUUGGCGAGGGGGCCGCUGACCCGCGGCCGCCAUUCGUGUGUGUCCCGUCCCCCCCCCCCCACCUCCCCGGGGGCACCACCUCGCCCCUCCAGGUCCGUCGUUGGGAGCGCCUGCCCGCAGUUGCAAGGCCUGACAAUGGCACCGAAUGAGCACUGCCUUCAAGUCUUCUUCCUGUAAAUGAUAGGACCAAACAAGGUGGUGUGAUGAACAUGCCACUGCAUCAAAUCUCUGUCAUUCCAGCUCAGGAUGUUACCUCUUCCAGAGUCUCCAGCAGCAAGACCAAAGAAAGAGACGAACAGAAUGAAAAGGCUUUGGGGCAUUCCAUGAGCCGCUCUAGUAACAUCUCAAAGGCUGGAAGUCCAACCUCUAUCUCUGCCCCUCACAGCUUCUCUCGGACUUCUGUUACACCAUCCAACCAGGACAUCUGCAGUUCCAGUGCAGUGUUUUCUGAGUGUUGUCAUCACAGUCCAGUACAGUCUGCUGUUGUCUUGAAAAAUCCUCACUGCCAGACCCCUCUGACACAAGAGGUCAUUGUGACAAUAAUCAGUCAGGACACGUUACAUGCAGCAAAGAGGAGCUCCCAUGGGCAGGACUGGGGCCAGGCACUCAGGUCUCAUAAGAAUGGAAAGCCCACCCGCACUCUGAAAUUCUCCAAGUCCCUCAACGACAUGGACCAGAAGGCACAGAGCACCCGUGAGGGCUUUCACUAUGUGGAGAGAACAUGCUCGGAAAGCAAAUUGACCCCGACUCAAGAGCAGUGUUUAAGGAUUAACAAAUUUCAUCUUAAAGAAAGGAAACCGCUGAAUCUCAGGCCUUUUAGCAAUUCUAAGCACUCCUAUAUCCCUUCCCUUUCCAACUACUCAAGUGCAUCAGGAGCAGCAGAGAACAGCAGCACUGUACAUAUCCCCUUGCUGGAGGACAAAGUGGACCAUGACACCUCAAGGAGCAAAAAACUGUUGCGUUACCUUUUUUCCUUCUCCCACACCUCCAGCACCAGCAGCCUGCAUAAGUUUCAUGAACUGGAGAGCUAUUCCAGUCACUUCCAAGCUGAGAAAUCCUCCAGCAUGCUGGUGGAAAGCACAGACUUCUACUCUGAUGAUAUGGGAGAUGAUGACGUCUUUGAGGACAGCACCUCAGUGAAAUUGAAAACAAAUGAGCAGCGGGCACCACUCUGUUCAGUUGAGAAGGAUAGUGACCUUGACUGCCCUUCCCCCCUCUCAGAAAAAUUACCCCCUCUCUCCCCUGUGUCCACAUCGGGGGAUACCUGCAGGAUAUGUCACUGUGAAGGAGAUGAUGAGAGCCCUUUGAUUACCCCCUGUCACUGCACGGGAAGUCUUCAUUUUGUGCACCAAGCCUGCCUGCAGCAGUGGAUCAAGAGCUCAGACACACGAUGCUGUGAACUCUGCAAAUAUGAGUUCAUCAUGGAGACAAAACUGAAGCCUUUGCGAAAGUGGGAAAAGCUGCAGAUGACAGCCAGUGAGAGGAGGAAGAUCAUGUGCUCUGUAACAUUCCAUAUCAUUGCCAUCACCUGCGUUGUGUGGUCUCUCUAUGUCCUGAUAGAUAGGACUGCUGAAGAGAUUAAACAGGGACAGACUACUGGGAUUCUGGAGUGGCCAUUUUGGACUAAGCUGGUGGUUGUGGCUAUUGGUUUCACUGGAGGACUUCUGUUCAUGUAUGUACAAUGCAAAGUGUAUGUACAGCUGUGGAAGAGACUUAAAGCUUAUAACCGAGUAAUAUAUGUACAGAACUGUCCAGAAACUAGCAAAAAGAGUAUUUUUGAAAAACCUGCACUAACGGAGCCAAACUUUGAAAGUAAAGAAAUGCUCGGAGUUCACCAUUCAGACACAAACUCCUCACAUUACACAGAGCCAGAAGACUGUGCUGCAGAAAUCCUUCACGUCUGAUUGCUGGGUGGGAGGGAUGUUUCUGUAUGUCCUUGAAGAUUUAAAAUAUUGUUUACUGAAAACUGCUCUACCUUUUUGAAAUCAGCUAACAGCUGAGUGCUGGUGGAUAAAUUUUUUAACUUUUUUUUUUGUUGGAAUUUUUAAAAAUCCCUUUGGCAUAUCUCUCAAUGUCAUCAUGGCUGCAUACCUCUCAACAUUUUGUCUCUGAUACUGGCUGAUCAAACCACAAGAUACUGGGGUAGAAUGAGCCUCGGGUUUUGUAUGAAGCAAGCAAGUGAACUGUCAUCAGCUUCAUGGAGUCUGUUACUUUAGAAGAUGACUCUAAAUAGAAUAUGUGUAGAGUGGGGUUUUCUUGUUUGUUUGUCUUUUCUUUUAAUGUGAUGAAGAAGGUUGUCCCAGACAGCGUGGGAAAUAAGAGACCUAGAGUCUAAUCUACCACUAACACUGCCACUAACAUUUCAUCUUAGGCAGCAGGUGCAAAUUUUUGCUUUACAUAUCGUGAUGAGACUUACAAAGCAUAUAGCACUUUUAAAAAUCUUUAUUUUGUAAUAUGUAUGUCAAAUGAGAAUGAAACUUGAAAGAAUGUGUCAUUUUCAAAGUAUUUCUUCAUUCUUCAUCCCAUCUCUUCUCCUGGAACAUAAACCCUCUUGGCUAAAAAAAAAAAAAAUUAAAAAAAUUCCAACCUCUGAUUUCCAACACAUGCCCACAUUUACUUACUAAACAUAACACUAAGAAAUUCUGCUUCUUUGGGUUUCCUUUGAAGAACAAUUUUUUUCAGAGGACAUUGCACUUGUGACUUGUGUAUGGGAAGUAGUAGACGUGUAAUGUUAAUUUUCAAAAGUUUCAGGGAUUGUAUGGUUUUUUUCCUUAAAACCAGUCAGACCAUCAACACAUAUGCACAUAUAUACCUGAUGUAACUUCCAAAUUGAUGUAAGUUCCAAAUUGUUGGCAAAGGGUUGUUGCUGUAUUGGUAAAAGUGCCAGCUGUUGUGGGACAAAAGACACUUAAUCAAUACAGCUGAAAUUGGUUUUCUUUCUUUUAUUAUAUAGUUACAGAAGUAAAUAUUGUGUUAAGUGAAUGAGUUUUAAACCACCUGUCUGGUUUUAGUCCUGAUGUGAUGCAUUACAUGGUCAGAGCAUUGCUUUAUCUGUGCAUUUGAAUUUGGGACUGUUUGUUUUAUUCAGUCAGCCUCAAUGAAAAGAGAGGAAUGGCUUUAAAAUCUGUUAGCAGGGCUUUAAACAGUUACCCAAAUCCUGGGGUGUCUGCUCUUAAUUUGCUUGACCAACCUGCAUCACUUAACACCUGUCCAGCUCCAAGCCCUCAUUUGACCAAAGUCUCAGUGCAACUGGACCAGAAACUAAGGCCCACAAAAGGUCAGCAUAUGAGGACUCUGCAUGUGGAAGCUGACUUUCUCUACCUGAGCCAUAUCUAAAUCUCUGUAAAAUCAAUUAUAAUCUUCUGGUUCGUCUUAGGAAUUACCUGGACUUCACAGUUAGGUAAAAGCUUCUGUUUAUGUGUCAGACACUGAACUAAAUCCCCAGCUCCUAUACCAAUUUUGCUUAGUCUUUUUUCUAGUGAAGCUUUCAUUGAGCAAGUUGUUUUCAGAAUAAAAGUAGUUUCUUUAGGACUUCCCAAAGAAUAACUGUGAGACAUUGGUGAUUUUUUUUUCUUAAAGUAUAAUAUUAAUUUAUUUUAAAAUUACUUUUAAAAGAAGGCAGAGAAGAGACUCUAGUAAGAAAAUAUACACCAGUGGUUUCUAAGAGCUCUUGGAGGAAAAGUGUGCAUGAGUGUGUGCCUUUUUGUGAUCUCAUGCUUGAAUCUUACUGACUGUGACCUUCAUAAACAACAUGGUACCUUGUUCUUGAAAUGUUUUAAAAUACCCAGGCGCCUAGGCAGUCCUUGCAAAUCUGCACUGCCAUGGGUUUGUUCUAGGUGUCAGGAUGUCCUAUGCUUACACGAUACAGGCAGACAAACCCUGCACACUCUGUUAGUACUGGGGCAGCAGUCUUCAUGGUGAUGCUUACUCAUGUAGAGUUUGUUGCCUAUGCCUGCCAUAAUUUAAAGUGCAAUUACUCAGGCCUUUUCCUGAAGUCUGCUGUGGGUGAUCCUCUUCUAUUAUAACAACCCAGAAAAUACAGUCUUGUUUAGUUCUCUAUUUUGUUCUGUGAAAAAGUUUAAUAGAUAAGCUCAGGAGGUUUAAAUAUCAGAUCUUGUACAUCUUCAUCAUAUUCUGGAGUGCCCAAGUGCAUCAGGCUCACCUGUCUGUGAGAUGCUCCUGUUACAGAUGGGAGCUGUGCAGACCUGGCUGCCGAGGGAUCCCGUGCAUGUUUCCAUCAGAUCUGUGGCCAGGAGGUGAAAUGAAAAGGGACAAGUUCUGGUUUGAAAAUUGCUUGUUCUCCAGCUCACACCUGAGAGGCACUGGUGUCUGACUGACAUUCUGACAAAUGCUGAUAUGUCAUGCUGUAAUGUGCUGGUCCUGUUUCAGUCACUGUGAUUGGUGAAACACUGUGAAAUCUCAUUUGGUGGUUUGGAAGCUCCUGCCAAGUAGUGGCUCCUGCCAUGUGACACCUGCCAAGUAGUGUUUAGUGGAUCCAAGAUACUGAAGGUUUUUGCUGUAUUUUAACUUUGGAAGAAAAAUAAUCUCCAUCAAAAUCAUCUAUGGAAAAAUAUUUUUGGAUGAAACUGUUUUAGCUAAUUUUGCUUCUAACCAUUCCCUCCUGCAGGAGGACUUUUCUGAAUGAGAGUUAAGACCUAAUAUUUAAACUCUUUAUACUGAUUAAGGAAUGCUUAUACCAGGAAAGGAUGCAAAAUAUAUCCAUCUAUCAGGGGUUUUCAUUUAUGCUGGUCACACUUCUCACAUUGAUUCUUGCUUGGUGUUAACAGUGGGCCUCUGGAGCUACAGUUCCCUCCUUCAGCAUGGUGCCAUCAAAUGGUGUGAGAAGGCUGAAUGGUGCUUUUUCCUUCUUUCUCAAGGAGAUACUGUCGACUUGUUUUCAGUUUCCAGCUGCAAAGCACUGAUGUUAGCUCAGGUGAUCUCCAUCCUUCCUGUCAGUAAGGGGAACAACCACCCCGGCUCAGGUCAGGCUUUCCAACACUUCCUUCUGGCAGCUGUGGAAAUAAUUGAAGUCAGAAUUUUUUUAGUCUUUGUUCCUUGGCCGAAGUUAGCUUGGGUUACCUGGGACUUUUUGAGACCAGAAUUUAAGUAGGAGGGAAUAUACACUAAGUACUAUUGAAUGUGACCCCAUUCCUAGGUUGCCAGACCCUUUGCUGCUAUGCCCCAUGCUGUAGACAUCUAACCAGACUCACAUUUUACAAAUUUAAAUCCUAUCCCAAAAAACUCCAGCUGUGCCAAGAAAAUUUCUCUAUCAUGUCAUACUUGGUGUAUCUGCCAGGUCAUGAACACACAAUGUUAGAAAUACAGAUGUGUUGCAGAAGGUUGAGCCCCUGUACAAAAUGAUAAAAUGUUACAUGCCUGUGAAUUCUCAGGAAUUUCUUCAACUGUAAUCCUGUAUUUUAGGAGUGGGAUUGGUGUUUAAAACAUGGACCUGUGUUCUGAAGGGAUGGCCAGACCUGGGGACAGCUUUCUCUGGUUGAAUACCGUUGAGAUAGACUUUGCUUCAGCAGAGGAGAUCCAGCAAUGGUUACACUGAGCCCACAAGGGGUUAGAUAAGUGCCUGGGCCUGAGAAAUCCUGGGAAGCAACAAGAGCUCCCUGUCCAAGCCCCCUUCUGCCAGUUCAGCUGGGGGUGGUGCUGGGAGAAGGGAGGUACUUGGGAUGUCACUCAUGGGCCAUGGAUAUAGCUGCUCCUGGGAACCAGUUGCUUCUCCCUUUGCUUGGCUGGGUCAGUAUCUGUGAGCACCUGGGUCCAAAGUUCUGCUAAAGCCAAGGUAUGUUAAGACAGAGAUUUCUGGUGGAGAUUGUGGCCAGCAAUGAAAGGGAGGGUGGUGGUUUUGGAUUGAAUUAAUCUUGCAAAUGGGUGAAACUGGGCAAAUACAAAAGUAGGAAUAUUGCUGGAUGGAUUUUUCACAGCAUUACAUUAGAUAUGUGAAGAUAAUUUCUAAGUGGGACCUUUUAUUCUGUGAUUAUUUUUUAGUUUUGAGAUAUUAUGGUGUCAGUAUAUUCUAAUGAAAUACUGAAAGCACUUGUCUUUGCCUAGAAGAUCUCUGUUUAAAAGAUUGUAGCAGAUCUUGUAUUUAGGUGUAGCAUUUGUAGACAGGUAAUUGUAUAAUGUUAAAACAUUUUACACUGGCAUGUGUUGUAUAGUUUAUACAAAACACUUUACA